AUGAUUGCGAGGAUAUACAAAAAAACGACCAAUGAGGUAACAGUUGGAGACAAGAUAACCGAGGAAUUUGAGUCAGAUCAAGGUGUGAGGCAGGGAUGUGCCCUUAGUGCAUUUCUAUUCGAUAUUAUGAUGGACGACCUGGAAAUGGAGAUGAUAAAAAGAAAAGUGAGUGGAACUGUAAUCGAAAAAACGAAAAUCUUCUGCUUGAAAUAUGCUGAUGACGCGGCGGUGGUUGCGGAGGAUGAGAAAAGCCUAAAACAAAUGAUAGAACUGACCAUAAAAUGGGCAACGGAAAAUGAAAUGGAAAUAAACGCAAAAAAGACGAAGAUUAUGGUAUUGAGAAAGGGAGGGAAGCCAAAAGAAACAUCAUUGAAGCUAGGAGAGAAUGAACUGGAGGUGGUGAAAAGUUUCACGUGUCUGGGUUUUUAUUUCACGACUGGUAACAGUAUGGCGAAGCAGUUGGAGGAGCUGGCUGGUAAAACCGUGAAAGCCACAAACUCAACCUGGGGACUAAUUAGGAAAGAGAAAAAAAACAGGUUAAAAAACAGAGCGUACCUUAUGAACUCACUAGUCAUGUCAGUACCAAUGUAUGGGGUUGAGGUGUGGGGGUGGUUUGAGGUCAUGAGGAUAGAAAGAGCAUACUCAAAGAUGGUAAAAAUGACGAUUGGUGUGGAAAGAAAUACACCGAGGUAUGUUUGGAGAAGUGAGAUGCGAAUAAAAAGCUGCAGAUACGAAAGCAGGGCGAGAGCAAUAACAUACCUACAAGAUAUCGUAAGAAUGGGAGAGGAUAGGUGGCCUGGGAUCUGCCUAAGAGAAGAGAUGCGCGGGAUCUUGAACAAAAACAGUACAGUGUGGAGAAGAAAGGUACAAGAAGUGUUAAGAGAAAUAGGAUGGGAAGAGGUGGUACGACUGAUAUAUGAAAACAAAGAGCCAGAGGAAAUUAAUAAGAGACUGGAGGAGGGGCUAAUGAGGAUGGCCAAAAACAAAAAAGAAGCUGACAACAAAGCGAUCAGAGCAUCAAGUUAUAACGCAAUGUACAGAGACAUAGUAUUAGACGAAGAAGAAGAAUACUACUGGAUGAAAGAAAAGAGAGGCAGCAGUUAUACGGAAGUCUGGUCACGGGUAAGGUGUGGCAACUUAGGUAGAGCACUAAAAAAAGGGAAAAAUGAAUGA